AUGGCAUAUAAAGUACAGCUUGACACAUUUGUGUCUAGGCUUAAUGAUAAUGCUGACUACAAGACAGCACAUUCAGUUUUGUCAGAGCUCUUGGAUAUGAUUGAAACGUUUAAUGGAGCAGCUGAAUAUGAAUACUUUUUGUCGAACUUGGUGCCUAUUUUCAUUAAGAACUUGAAGGAGGUUCCAAUUUCGUUUACCAGCCAGUCACCAGAACACAAGUUAAGGAAUUCGAUAUUGGAGAUCAUACAUCGGUCGAUUAUGAAUGAGACGUUCCAGCCGUAUUCGGAACAGAUAUUGGAUGCAUUGACUACGAUAUUGGUGGACGAGAACGAGGACAAUGGUGUAUUGUGCAUGAAGAUUAUCACUAGUUUGCACAAGGCAUACAAGAAUAACUUAGGAGAAAAAGUACAACCGUUCGUGGAAAUCAUCAAUAAUAUUUACGAUAAUAUGGACCUGACAGUUCAAGAGACUUUUGGGGCUAACCAACAGAAGGAAUCACUUGAGGAAUCGGCCAAGGAAAUGUCUCCACCUUCAUUCAACGAAGAUAAUUCGUCAAAGACAUUGAGUAAAGCGAUGUUUUCAUUUAAAACCUUGGCUGAAUGUCCAAUAACGAUGGUUUCGUUAUACUCUUCGUACAAGAAUCUUGUUCAAUCUUCAUUGCCCACAUUUUUACCGAAAAUUAUGAAUAUCUUGACUUUGCAAGUGGAACAGCAAAAAUCUUAUCGUGAAGAAUCCGCAAAAGAAAAUAAGACCACUACUUCAAUAUAUCCAGACAUUACAAACAGACAAGCAUAUAGUGACUUUAUUUUAGGCCAGGUCAAGGCUGCAUCUUUUUUGGCUUAUGUAUUCAUCAGGGGUUACGCUAAUCAACAUUUAAACGAAGACCAAUCUAAAAUUGUCCCGGAUGUGAUCUUAAGACUUUUACAGGAUUGUCCAGCCGAAUUAUCGGUAGCACGUAAGGAAUUAUUACACGCAACAAGACAUAUAUUAUCAACUCCAUUCCGUACACAGUUCAUACCUACUAUUGAAAUGUUAUUUGAUGAAAAGAUAUUGAUUGGUGAUGGAUUGACAUCAUUUGAAACUUUAAGACCAUUGGCAUAUUCAACAGUAGCAGACUUUAUUCAUAAUGUGAGAAACGAAUUGACACCUAAACAAAUUUGGUCAACCGUAAGAAUAUAUUGCAAUUUAUUAAAAGAUGACUCCCUAGCUCUAACAGUUCAAAUUAUGAGUGCAAAAUUGUUACUUAAUUUAGUGGAACGCAUAAUGAAAUUGCCAAAUAAGUUAGAAGGUAGACAAUUAUUCAUGAUUAUAAUUGACGCUUACGCAAAAAGAUUUCAAAGUUUAAACCGAAAAUAUUCUUACAUCAUUCACAAACAUGGCGAGUUUGAGAAGAAGAGAAAACUAAAAGAAAAAGAAUCUAGAAGAGCUAUUAGCAAGUAUUCCUCGAAGAAUGUGGAUAUCUUGGAAACAAAGAAAAUAGAACUAAUUCAAGAAUCAAAGAAAGAAGAAGACAAUGAUAAUGACAAACAAACUGAAAUGGAGGAUAUUGAGAUGGAAGAUGCUGAAAGUGAGGAAAAGGACCAACCCAGUGAAGAUGAAUCUAAAUCUGAAUUGGAUGUUUUCUUAGAUGUUUUCAGUAUUGACGAACAUUCACCGAUUUCUUCAUCGCCUCUUAAUACCAGCUCUGAUUUAUUAAAGGAUGCGCGUUAUUUAUUCCGUACUUUGAUGACCUUUUAA